AAGCAGGCAGCAAAAUGUCGGCCGGGCGGCCAGGCUACCCUCAAGCACGCAUAGAAACAGCACGCCGGCACGGCCCCCGUUGCUAAGCGACACAGCUGGUCGGGCGGAAGAAGAGAGGGAGGGCACUGCGUGGUGGCGUCAUUGGCGGAAGCGCAGGCGGUGGAUGACCGGAGGAGGUGCCGCGGCUCCGCUCUAGGGUGGCAGGCAUAAAAAGAUUCUGACCCUAGUUUGACCAGCUGUUCUUGUUCACUAUGGGGGAACUCUUUCGGAGUGAAGAAAUGACACUUGCACAAUUAUUCCUUCAGUCUGAAGCGGCAUACUGCUGUGUCAGUGAAUUGGGAGAACUUGGGAAGGUCCAGUUUCGGGAUCUAAACCCUGAUGUGAAUGUGUUCCAGCGUAAGUUUGUUAAUGAAGUCCGGAGAUGUGAAGAAAUGGACAGGAAACUCAGGUUUGUGGAAAAGGAGAUUAAAAAGGCCAACAUUCCCAUCACAGAUACUGGUGAGAAUCCAGAGGUGCCAUUUCCCAGAGACAUGAUUGAUUUGGAGGCAAACUUUGAGAAAAUUGAAAAUGAGCUCAAAGAGAUCAACACCAACCAGGAAGCCCUUAAAAGGAACUUCCUGGAGCUGACGGAAUUAAAAUUCAUACUGCGGAAAACUCAGCAAUUUUUUGAUGAGGCUGAAUUGCAUCAUCAGCAGAUGGCGGAUCCUGAGUUGUUGGAGGAGUCCUCGUCGCUGCUGGAGCCAAGUGAAAUAGGAAGAGGAGCCCCGCUGCGCCUGGGAUUUGUGGCUGGUGUGAUCAACCGUGAGAGGAUCCCUACGUUUGAGCGGAUGCUGUGGAGGGUGUGUCGUGGAAAUGUAUUCUUGCGUCAGGCUGAAAUUGAAAACCCACUGGAGGACCCAGUAACGGGUGACUACGUACACAAGUCUGUGUUCAUUAUUUUUUUCCAAGGUGACCAACUGAAAAACAGAGUCAAAAAGAUUUGCGAAGGAUUCCGGGCUUCUCUGUACCCCUGUCCAGAAACACCUCAGGAAAGAAAGGAAAUGGCUGCUGGAGUCAACACCAGGAUUGAUGACCUUCAAAUGGUGCUGAACCAAACAGAGGAUCAUCGGCAGAGGGUCUUGCAGGCUGCUGCAAAGAAUGUCCGUGUCUGGUUCAUAAAGGUGCGCAAGAUGAAGGCCAUCUACCACACCCUGAACCUCUGCAAUAUUGACGUGACCCAGAAAUGCCUCAUUGCUGAAGUCUGGUGUCCCGUCACGGACCUUGAUUCCAUCCAGUUUGCUCUCAGGCGUGGCACGGAGCACAGCGGAUCCACUGUCCCCUCCAUCCUGAAUAGGAUGCAGACCAACCAGACUCCACCCACAUACAAUAAGACCAACAAGUUCACUUCCGGGUUUCAAAACAUUGUAGAUGCCUAUGGCAUUGGAACCUACCGCGAAAUCAAUCCAGCUCCAUACACCAUCAUUACCUUCCCAUUCCUAUUCGCGGUGAUGUUUGGGGAUUUAGGCCAUGGAAUUAUCAUGACUUUUUUUGCUGCCUGGAUGGUGAUCCGCGAAAGCCGCAUUCUAUCACAGAAGAAUGACAAUGAGAUGUUCAGCACCAUCUUCAGUGGCCGAUACAUCAUUCUCCUGAUGGGCACUUUUUCCAUUUACACUGGCCUGAUCUAUAAUGACUGCUUCUCGAAGUCGCUCAAUAUGUUUGGCUCAUCCUGGAGCGUCCGGCCAAUGUUCCAGAAAGACAACUGGACAGACAGCCUUCUCGAGGAAUACCCUGUGCUUCAGCUUAAUCCCGCCACUGAGGGUGUCUUCGGUGGACCAUACCCCUUUGGCAUAGAUCCAAUCUGGAAUAUCGCCAACAACAAGCUGACCUUCCUCAACUCUUUCAAAAUGAAGAUGUCAGUCAUCCUUGGCAUCAUCCACAUGCUCUUUGGUGUCACGCUCAGCCUGUUCAACCAUAUCUAUUUUAAGAAACCUCUGAACAUCUACCUUGGGUUUAUCCCUGAAAUUAUCUUCAUGACAACACUGUUUGGCUAUCUGGUCAUCCUCAUCUUCUAUAAGUGGGCAGCCUACGAUGCAAAGAACUCCAUGCACGCGCCAAGCCUUCUCAUCCACUUCAUCAACAUGUUUCUCUUCUCCUAUGAUCCCAAAGGCACCAUGCUUUAUACGGGACAGAAAGGUGUCCAGUGCUUCCUGGUAGUGGUGGCAUUGCUGUGUGUGCCAUGGAUGCUGGUUGCCAAACCCUUGGUCCUUCGUCAGCAGUACCUGCGAAGAAAGCAUUUGGAAGGGCAGCCCGUGGAAGCCCCUGUCAGCCCAGCUCAGAGUCCGCAGGCAGUAGAGGCAGCAGCGGCUGCAACAGGGACACUCAAUUUUGGUGGUAUCCGUGUAGGCAAUGGGCCGACCGAAGAAGAUGCUGAGAUAAUCCAGCAUGACCAGCUUUCAACUCAUUCAGAUGAGGGAGAAGAGUUUGACUUUGGGGAUACAGUCGUCCACCAGGCCAUCCAUACCAUUGAGUUCUGCUUGGGAUGCGUCUCCAACACAGCCUCAUACCUGCGUCUCUGGGCACUCAGCCUGGCUCAUGCACAGCUCUCUGAGGUCCUCUGGACCAUGGUGAUCCACGUGGGACUCAGUAUUAGGAACUUGGGUGGCGGCUUUGCCUUGUUCUUCAUAUUUGCCGCCUUCGCCACCCUGACAGUGGCCAUCUUAUUGGUCAUGGAGGGCCUCUCUGCGUUCCUGCAUGCCCUCCGCUUGCACUGGGUGGAAUUUCAGAACAAGUUCUACAUGGGUACCGGGUUCAAGUUCCUCCCUUUCUCAUUCGACAACAUCCGUGAUGGGAGAUUUGAUGAAUGAGGCCUAAUGAUCGGAAAUCUGGCAGUAAAACUUGACUCCCACCCUGCAUGUGUGUAUGUGUGUGUGUUUGCCUGUGUGAUAGUCUGAAGUUGUGUAGCUCUCCUGCUGUGGACACCAGCUGCUAGUGUGACAGUGACCUGCUUUUUUCAAACACCUCAGUGAAGGAAGGAAGAAUGAAAAAGAAAGACAGGGAGCCCGCAGGAAUCUAGCGGUGAUGCUGCAAAUACUGCAUUGUAAUCUUGCCAGUGUCUCUCAGGUUGUACAGACAGAGGAGAAGCACAUCCUGAACUUCAGUCGACCUGUGUAUACCAAGCAAGCACAUUAGAAGCUCAGUCAAAUAGCAAAAAGCAACCCAAGAUUCUAGUCCUGUGUGUUCCUUUAAAUUUUCUGGCAAUUUGAUUUAAGAGGUUCUCAAUUCUCCAACCAACCAUACAACUUGUCUCUCCUGAUAUCUUGAACAGCAUUCAGGAUUCCUUCUACAAGCUCAGAUCUGGGCUGUCCAAAAGUUGUGAUCCAAAAGAUAGUCAUAUGUCCGAACAUGUUGCUUAUAGUAGCCUUUCUCUACUGUGCCUUUCCUCAGUUAAAUCAGCACCAUAAAAUUGUCUCUUUAAAAUCCCACAAAAGCAUCUGCACAACAGAAGAGGCCCCUCACUGGCAUGCACCACAUAUCUCUGCCAUGUUGACCUCUGAGCAGAGCAUGAGCUGCAAUUCCUCCUGCUCCGUUUGCUCUUGCGCUCCCAUCUUGUAAACUAAAAUUUGUCGCCAAGUCCCCCCUCUGCUUCCUCAGAUGUGUGUGGGUGUGAGCCUCUAGGAAACUUGGACUGAAAGCAAAUGAUUCUUUGGGAAAGGUGACCCCAAAUGGCUUAACAACUUGGCAUUGUUGGAACUGAUGAGAGCAAGCCAGGGAGGGAUGGAGCCUACUUGCCCCUUUGUGUAGCUGACCUGCACUUGGCUCCACAGGAUUACUUAAUAAGGAAACUUUGACUAAACCUGCCUGAAACUCUGAACAGCUUGUUUUGUUACAAGGAAACUGUGGGUCUUUCACCUCUAGGAAACUCACAUGUAACUCUGAUGGGCAGGGCUGCUCAUUGCUACUGAGCUGUUCUUACCUCAUUUACCACUGAGUGUUUGAAGGAAAAAAUAAGCUGGCAAGCGGCAUCAGCCGUAUAUUUAGGAAGGGCUUCCCUUGGAAAAUAGGAAUCUCCUGAGAGUAACACCUGCCUUUUCUUUAUGCAGGCCUUGGCAUAGGAAAGGGGCUGGGCUUUAUAUGCCUCUGUAAGCUCAGUAUAUUUAUGUAAUGUGUGUGUGUGUGUUUUGUGUAACACAAAUGUGCACUUUUCUAGAAGUGUCUCAUUAGGAAACCUUGGGGCACUUCUGUUGAGCACUUAAGGCAAGAGCCCAGACCUGGUAUGCUAACUAUGGAAAGAUGCUAAUCCAUUACUUGCUCUUGAGUAGAGUCUGAAGUUCCAGGUGUAGCCGUGUGUACGUGUGAGAUGCAGAGCAGCCUGUCAAUGUGUUUACCUGUUGCUGUUUUGGACAAGUGUAGCAUGCAGUGAAUUUCCCUGCGGUCCUUAUCAGCCAAUCAUUGUGUCUAUUAAACAAGUUGAUGUGAAAA